CUUUUCAAGAACCAAAUCUCUUUAAUUUCCACAAAAUUUCACCAUGGUGGUCUUGUCUAGGCAAGUAGUUAAUGAACAAUUAAUCAAGAAUUACAAAUCCCCUUCAUCAUUUUUCCCUUGUAAUAUUCCACUAAUUGAUAUUUCAAAACCAGAAAGCAAGAAUCAACUUGUUAAAGCUUGUGAAGAAUUUGGUUUCUUUAAAGUUGUAAAUCAUGGUGUCCCUAUGGAAUUUAUUACAAAACUUGAAUUAGAAGCAAUAAAAUUCUUUUCAUCUCCUAUGUCUCAAAAAGAAAAAACAGGACCCCUUGACCCUUUUGGCUAUGGAAAUAAGAAAAUUGGACCUAAUGGUGAUGUUGGUUGGGUUGAAUACAUUCUUUUGUCAACAAAUUCUGAGUUCAAUUACCAAAAAUUUGCAUCUAUUUUGGGUGUCAAUCCAAAAGAUAUAAGAGAUGCUGUGAAUGAUUAUGUAUUAGCAAUGAAGAAAAUGGCUUGUGAGAUUCUUGAAAUGUUAGCUGAGGGAUUAAAAAUUCAUCCAAAGAAUGUAUUUAGUAAGCUUUUAAUGGAUGAAAAAAGUGACUCACUUUUCAGGCUAAAUCAUUACCCUCCAUGUCCUGAUGAAUUUCAAGAAUAUAAUGGAAGAAAUUUAAUUGGAUUUGGUGAACAUACUGAUCCACAAAUUAUUUCUUUAUUAAGAUCCAAUAACACUUCUGGACUUCAAAUUUCACUUGUUGAUGGCCAUUGGAUUUCUGUCCCACCUGAUCAAAAUUCAUUCUUCAUCAAUGUUGGUGAUUCAUUGCAGGUGAUGACAAAUGGGAGGUUUAAGAGUGUAAAACAUAGAGUUUUGGCCAAUAGUGUAAAAUCAAGACUCUCAAUGAUUUAUUUUGGAGGGCCACCAUUGAGUGAAAAGAUAGCACCAUUGUCAUCACUAUUAAUAAAAGGGGAUCAAGACAGCUUGUACAAAGAAUUUACAUGGUUUGAGUACAAAAAUUCAGCAUAUAAAUCUAGAUUGGCUGAUAAUAGGUUGGUCCUAUUUGAGAAAGUAUUAUAGCCUCAUCAUCAUCAUCAUCACUAUAAUGAUUUUUUGUUUUUUUUUUUUUGUUCAUGAAGUUCCGUUACGAGUUCGAGCAGUGAAAACAAUUAUUAAUAUGUUUGUAUUAAGAUAGAUUGUUUAUAUCACAUCUCUUAAAGUGUGAUUCUUU